UUCGCGGCAAACCCCCCGUGUCGUUUGCGAUGUUAGUUACCAAAUUGCGGCGCAAAAGUGUUGGUAAAACACGGAAUUAAGAAGGCGAAUCUCAAUACGCAACUCUAGAAGCGGGCGGCGAUGGCAGCGUCGUCAGGGGCGGUGGAGGUGUUUGAGGGGUCCACCCGCGACGCCCACCGGAUUCAGAUGCAGACUCUCCGCUCGAUCCUUGAGCGGAACGCCGCCGUUGGCUAUCUCCGCCGUUUCCUCUGCGGAGACGCCGGCUUCCCUGAUCCCGCCCAGGCUGAUCCGGCUCACACCGCCGCAGCUUUCCGCCGCCUAGUCCCGCUCUCCUCCUACGACGACUACGCCGAUCUGAUCGAUCGGAUUGCUGACGGCGCCGAGCCGCCCACCGCUCUAUCGGUCGAUCCCCUUCUCUGCUUCUUCAACAGUUCAGGAACAAGCACAUCGAAUCCAAAGCUGAUUCCUUACUUUGAUUCAAGCCUAGCAAAAUCUGCUUCUAGUGUAGCACAUCAAACCAGCUCGGCCCUUCUCCAAAGGUUAUUUCCCCCAAGAAGAUCUGCCAACAAAGUUCUAUGGUUCCUCUAUGCAGGAAAUGUAACUGCAACCGAAGCAGGGUACAAGGUGAUGGCUGCUUCUGCAUUCCCUUUUCACAACAACACCCCAACGCCUUCACCACUGCUCUCAAUGUGCGUCAGCCCCCGCGAGGUCAUCGUAGGAGCAGACACCCUUCAACAGAUGUAUUGUCAUCUUCUUUGUGGCCUCAGCCUCUCUGCUUCCGUAGACUGCAUUCGUGCACCUUAUGCAGCUGGCCUCAUCAGGGCAAUUCGAAUGCUGGAAUCCAAAUGGAUGCAGCUUUGUGAUGACAUUGAAUAUGGAUCACUGAGCUCAGAGAUCACAGAGCCUUCCAUGAGAGUUGCAGUUCAAGAAUUGCUUGGAGCUCCACAGCCAGAGUUGGCUACAAGGAUACGAGAAAUUUGCAUGAGAAAUAAUUGGCGGGGUAUUCUUUGCCGCUUGUGGCCAAAACUUUGUUACAUUGCGUGCGUCAGCACAGGAAGCAUGGAACAAUAUUUUUCACUGAUAAAGCAUUAUGCUGGUGAUAAUUUGCCAUUGUUGGGUGGAGAUUACUUUGCUUCAGAGUGCCCUAUUGGCAUCAACAUGGAUAGAAGUUGCCCACCUGCUACCACAAGUUUUGUGAUCAUUCCCUCAGCGGCUUACUUUGAGUUCCUCCCUUUCGAGCUUGGAGCUUCACCUAAUGUUCAAGAAACAGUAGACAUAUCUGGUGUAGAGGUACAAAAAAUGUAUGAGGUGGUGGUGACUACUUACAGAGGACUUUACCGCUACCGCUUGAACGAUGUCGUCAAGGUUGUUGGCUUUUAUAACUCCUCACCAAGAGUGGAAUUCAUCACAAGAGCACCAAAAGAAGAUUCAGAGGUCUUCACGGAGAGAGAUUUGAUCUCUGCAAUGAGUACUUUGGGGCUUAUGAUCGGGGAUGGAAAGGGAGGAGAAAUAGUGGAGUUUGCUGGGUAUUUGGACCCCAACUUAGACCAGGGACAUGUUAUCAUCUUUGUGGAGUUGGACAAGGAUUGCUUGUUUCUGCAAAGGGAGAAUGUGGACAAAUCCAUUGGACAACUGAGCAGGUGUUGUCAGUCACUUGAAGCUUGUUUAGGGAGUGUUUAUAAGGUGAAGAGGGCAAAGGGAAAUCUUGGUCUUCUUGAGUUGUCGAUAGUGAAACCAGGUAGCUUUGAAGGGUUAGCAAGAAUGGCCAUCAAGAGUGGAGCACCUGCCAACCAAUAUAAACCUGCAAAGAUACUUCGGACCUGCAAUUUUGUAAAUUUAUUGAAAGAAAAUGUCAUAUUGAGUAGUGCCAGUGAGCCCAACAUCUGAAUUGUAGAAGACAUGAAGAUAUAGAACAAGGCAUCGCUUGCAAUACAUUCAAAAAACUCAAUAGACCUACUUGCUGAACCAACAUAUCAGUGUUUUAAAAAUAAGCUCAACAUAUUCCAACAUCUGGUCGUCCAAUUGCCCCUUGAAUCACCCAAAUUCCUUGAUGGUCUCAGGCUUAAUUGUGCGGUGGUAGUUGAUGGACAAGAAAACUUGAAGAAAUGUGUUCAGUAAAGGUAGUGUGUGAUUCCAUUGCAGAGUUAUUGACCAUCUUGCAGAAUCAUUGUUUCUUUGCUUUACAUCCUUGUGUCUUCUCUUCAAUGCCUGGAUCAAUCCACAAUUUCGAUAUGGACUAGGCUCACCAGUAUUUUCCGGUGUCUUGUUGAUCCCCAAAGUAACCUUGAAAGACUUGCGAGCACUAACUCGGCCCUGAGAAAUCACUGUAACAAAAAGACAUUGUCAAUUUUUUUUUUUAAAUUUUCUUGUUACCAUGCAAGUGGAAUAAUUAACUUUGUAGUAGAUGGAAGAAUAUAA